AUGGGUCUCAAGGGCUUUGUUGAAGGGGGUAUUGCUUCGAUCAUCGCUGGGUGUUCCACCCACCCGCUCGACCUCAUCAAGGUCCGGAUGCAGCUCCAGGGUGAGACGCAGGUUCCCAAUCCCGCCGUUCAAACUCUCCGUCCAGCGCUCGCUUUCCAGACAGGCGCCGCUCCCACGGCUGUCCACGUGACUCGGCCCCCGCGCGUGGGUCCGAUCACCGUCGGAGUCCGGAUCGUGCAACAGGAAGGGGUGGUCGCUCUCUUCUCCGGCGUCUCUGCCACCGUCCUUCGCCAAACGCUGUACUCCACUACUCGCAUGGGUCUCUACGACAUUCUUAAGAAGAAAUGGACUGACCCAGCUACCGGCAACAUGCCGCUCGUAAGCAAGAUAGGAGCUGGACUGAUCGCCGGCGGGAUCGGGGCCGUCGUCGGAAACCCUGCCGACGUGGCCAUGGUCCGAAUGCAAGCCGACGGCCGCCUCCCUCUGGCCCAGCGCCGCAACUACAAAAGCGUUCUGGACGCCAUAACCAGAAUGUCCAAACAGGAGGGAGUCACUAGUCUGUGGCGCGGCUCCUCCCUUACGGUGAAUCGCGCCAUGCUCGUCACAGCCUCGCAACUCGCCUCCUACGAUCAGAUCAAGGAGACAAUCCUACAAAAGGGUCUGAUGAAGGACGGCCUCGGAACGCACGUGACGGCGAGCUUCGCCGCCGGAUUUGUAGCGGCAGUGGCCUCAAACCCUGUGGACGUAAUCAAAACCAGGGUGAUGAACAUGAAGGUGGAGCCGGGGGCGGCGCCGCCGUACACCGGAGCUUUGGACUGCGCCCUGAAAACAGUACGCGCAGAGGGACCGAUGGCCCUCUACAAGGGGUUCAUCCCUACAAUCUCAAGGCAGGGACCUUUCACUAUUGUGCUCUUCGUCACACUGGAACAGGUCCGCAAGCUGCUCAAAGAUUUCUGAUGAUGACGAUCAAGAAUAUUAGGAAUUUUAAUUUCGUGUUUUAUUUUAAAUUAUAAGAAGAAAACAAAAACAGUAUCAUUCGAUGCUUUGGUUUAUGGAAAUGUGGAGGGCUGAUGAUUUUAUUGAAUAAAUUGGAAUUUGAGUA